AUGACGACCAAUUCAUUCGGCUCAGCGCUUCCCCGCUUCGAUUUCCCCCGCCAACCCGCUGCCCCAAAAUUGACAGUCCAAGCGGCUCGCGCAUUCCCCACUGUCGCCAUUGUCGCUACAGCUGCGGCUUAUUACUACACAUACUACUAUGCCCCCAGCCGGGAAUACCACAUGUAUACGCAUUCUUCGAUACAAAAUAGCUCGAUGUUCCAGAGCACAAGGAGUACAAAGCCAAAGGCGGAGAUAACGCCUUCGGAACGGAUGGAAGAGAUAGGAUUGUGGUGGACGGCAUAUUAA